AUGGUUAGCACUGUCAACAAAACUACAACAACUGAAGCGGGUGGCGCCGCUACAAUCUCCGCCGUACAUCCCGAUAUUAUUCAAACCCACAUCCUCACGUGCCUCGACGGUCCCUCACUCGCUUCCGCAGCCACCACGUGUCCUCAGUUUAACACCCUCUCAUCUUACGAGCAUUUAUGGUCCAAUAUUUGCACCUCCACGUGGCCUUCCACUAACACGCCGCGUGUCCGCAACGUAAUCUCCACUUUCCCCAACAUGUCUCGCUCUUUCUUCUCCGAUUCUUUCUCAACCGUAACCGCUCCCGCCUCCAACCGCCAUCGCGCCAAUCUUGAAACCACGCCAGAAAUUCUAUCCGCCGUUGACUUAUUUCACCGGAAAAAACUUGUUUUAUCUAAAUUGGUGGAGACUGAAACCGAGUCGGGUUGGUUUCGGUGUUCUCCGUUUCGGAUUGAUAUUCUCGACCCGAAGGAUUCGGUUGAGACGAGUAUGGAGUAUCCGAGAGAGGAAGAAGCGUGUAAGAAUCUGGAAGAGGAUUUGAGUUUGAGUUGGAUUGUGAUUGAUCCGAGGGAGAAACGUGCGGUGAACGUGUCGAGCGGGAAGCCGGUGUCGGUGAACCGUCACUGGCUAACCGGCGACGUGGAAGUGAGAUUUUCGACGGUGUUACACGGCGGAGAGAAGGGAUCAGCGAAAGAAGCGACGCUGUGUAGUUUAUUGGUGACGUUGGGGAAGGAAAUGCAGGUGAGGGAAACGUGUUUUCAGCUUGAGGAUAUGGAUGGGAAUCAGAUGAAUGGGAGGGAUAGUUUGGGAAUUUUACAAAGAGCUUUGGAAAGUGAAAGGGAAAGAUUGAGGAACGGAAAGGAAAGGUACGUGGAAUUUGUGAAAAAGAAAAUGGAAAGGAAAGAGAGAAAAAUGAGAAGAGAGAGAAAAUUGGAUAUUCUCUGCAUUGCACUCGCUGCUUUGUCUGUUGCGGCAUUUUCCACUCUCUUUCUCUCUUGA